AUGGACCAUUAUCUGCUGUGGAGAGGCCCCUGCAUGGAACUGAGCCCGCCUGCAUGUUACGCCUCCAAUCAGGGGGGUGAGGAGGGAGGAUCGAGGAAGACGGGGAGAGACGGAGGAAAAUGUGUGUGAGGGAUAGACACACACAGAAAAAAAUGGGAGAGGGGGUAGGGGUCCAGAAUCCUAUUGAUUUCACUCUUGUGCUAAAUCCAAAUACUGCAGUGUUCUAUAUUUGCUAGUGUGUGCAGACUCUUACAAUGGAUAUUGGUGUAUGCGAUAUCCAUUUAACACUGCAAGAGGCCAAGAGAGGAUGAGCAAGCUGGAUAAUUUUAUUUAGUUCCACUUUUUUUUAUAUAAUGUGUUGACUAUUUAGGGGGAAAACUGAGCUGAUAAACAACCUAAAGGCAUCAGUACAGUGCUGCGCUGGGAAUAUUAAGAAUAAUACUUGGCUUGUCCUGUUCAGCACUGCCAAUGUUAACUCUCAGGGAAAGACAAAAAGGCCGUUUGCCAAAGCCACAAUCAAAUAAAAUCAUAUAAUCUGCUAUACCCUGAAGCUAUAGUAAAAAAAAGGUAAUGCCAGAUACAAAUGCUGUCAUUCUUUGGUAACUAAACAGAUGCAAGCUGACUGAUUUGAUUAAUAAAAUGUGUCAGUGUUGGGCGGGUUCAAGACGACUCCUUGCCAAAAGCAAAAUAAGCCUGUAGAGAAAAAAAAAGGUCAUUCACGCUAGGAUUCAAUAAAAGAGCAUUUAAAGGCGCAGUGGAGUUGUUUGCACAGGCUCACACAUGUUUAAUAUCUUUUGUACUGGCUGGAAAAAGUGGGUCAGACACAAUGGCAAAUAUGUACAGGGCUAACAACACUGAGAGCGAGGGAGACAGACGCUGACCCCAGAGGAAAGUUAUUUGGUAAGAGAUGGCAUGUAGACCGCGGUUAAAGCGUAUCAUUAGGACGAGAAGUGAUGCAGCAUGUGUGCAGUUUCCAAAAAAGACUGUUUGGAAACAACAAGAAUGGCCCCACUGCCAAUUUCCGAGUGAUUCAUCUGUUUUGUGGUCUCAUCCUUGUUAGAAAUGAUAACAGCAUGACUAUUGGGAUGUUGGAAGAUCCACCAUUUUGGCUCAGAUGGAAAUAGCUCAUCAACUGGAUGGAUGAGUCGCCAUUAAACUUUUUUUUAUGUCUUGAAAUGAUCCUGAAGAUGGAACCAAAUGAUUAUGCCGACGUUAUCCAGAGCAGGAUAAAUCUGAACUCUUCCAGGGAUCUGUGUUAUCAUUAAUCAGGUGGAUUGGUGCGAGUUUUUGAAGAUAUCAUCUUCCUGGCUUUGACAAUCCUUUGGUUCUCCCUUUAGCUUUACUCAUGGAGGAUGUUUAGAGACAUCCUGAUAGAUAAGACAUUUGGACUUUGAGUUGGCUUUCUGUGAGAGGGACCCCGGUGGGGGACUUUAACAUAAUUGACCAUGCAUAUUUCCUCAAAUGGGAGUCUGGGGUUACUGUAAAUCAGAUUUUGUAUCUGCUCUGGAGGAAAAGUAAAAUUUUACAGCUUUGUCCUUUCUGUUUGAGGUCCAAACUUCGCAAGUUUAUAUCCAUUUUCCAAGCUGUCCUUGGGCAGAUUUUUCUCCCUUUAGGUUUGGUGACAACCUCUGAAAGGAGACCCCCUAAUGCUGAUCCACGCUUUAAUACAUUCAUAUAAUGUUACGAUGUUGGAUGUCCACACAAGACCAUGGCAAGAUUUCGCAACAUGGGAUACACAGAUGGCGGCGUAAUCUGGAGACGUGUUUUACAGGUUCCCUGAACAGCUUGUUUUGAGACGUGGCUAUAACCUGGCAUCGGGUGUUUGCUGCCCUAUAAAGACAAUGCUAAAGGAAAAGCCCAGGAGAGACGUUCAUGCACACAAGGAAGCUGAAAAGUCCAUCUCAAGGCUCGUCUUUCCCUCCAUUCUGCACUUUGUUGAUUCAGAAAGUUGGAAAGUUGUUUUGUGACUGUGGAGCUGUGUGAAAAGUAACACCCACCCGAGUUUCUGAGCUCCAUAGAUAUUCCACACUGAUGCAAUAAAAGCUGAAAUGAGUAUAAAAGGUCUCCAUUUAAAUGUAGCAUUAAAGUUAGGGUUGGUAAUCUGAUUUAGAUGCACUUUUUGUUAUUCUGGUUAAAUUGAUCUGUAUGUUCCAAUGGCAAUCAAUACAUAAUGAGUUCUUUAAAAAGAGCGAAACAAAGCCGCUAUCUACAGCAGGAAAAAACACAGGUAAAAGACCAACCAAUCACAUCAUGUGGGUCCCAAAUUUUUAAACCAAUCAAAUCCUGUGCCUGCCUCCAGCACAUACAUGUCGCUGGCGUGUACUGGCCCUGAUUCAAUGUGCAUAGCUGAGCUGAGAGGGAUACAGCUACACUGGAGAAUGGACCAAAGACAGGUGGAGGCAGAGAAGGCCGAAGCAAGACGGAGUUUGGAAAAAGCAAAUGGGACAGCUUUUCAGUGAUGGCGAGACCUGAAAGAGGUCAAGGGCUUUUAAAAUGAUGCCAUGGUUGCUCAUUUUCUGUUGGAAAGGUAUGUCGAGGGGUCAUUUCAGGGCGAUUUUUAAACUUGAUCAAGUAUUUGGCCAUGUUGCUAGUUAUCAUUAUCCCGAUGCUAACAUUAUCUUUGUCCCUGCUGUGCAAAGACUUCCCAAUCUAAAGUCCCAAAGUUUUCAGUCUGGUUUUUGGAUCAGCAGACAGCAGCGAUCAUGCAUGUGAGCGAGAACGUUGUUUUGUAGGGGGGUCUAAAGGGAGGGGGGAGGGGCUAGACGAAGUCCUGAGGUGAUGCUACAUUCAAAUCCAUGCUAGUGCUUUUCUCAUGUAGAUUGACGUGGCUAUCAACAGCGCCCUCCGAAUUAUAACUGGAUGUCUGAAGCCUACAUCCGUGUGUUUUGCCAGUCUUCGCAGGAAUAGCCCCAGCUGGACUCCGACGGGAGGCUGCCACCCUUGCCUUGGCCAGGAAAGCACAAAGGCAUGAUUGGCACAUCCUGCACAACACCACAACAACAGCAGCGCCUCCGAGCAGACUCAAAUCCCGCCUCCCCGACAACAAGGCAGAGCAAGAGAUGCUCAAUUCCACCUCUGAGGACAUCUCCAGAGAUGCUUUUCUGGCAGUCAGCUGGACCCUCUCGCAUCCAUCGAUACAUUCAGGAAGGAACCUACCGCAAUCAUGGGCAACACUGAGCCGCCUAAGAACUGGGCUUGGUCGCUUUAAAACACCAAUGAGGAAGUGGGGCAUGGUGGACAGUGCAGCCUGUGAGUGCGAUGACCCUGAGCAGACUUCUCACCAUAAAAUCAGCACCUGCCCCUUAUACAGACCACCUUCAGAAGCAAGCCUCUUUGACCUAGGACCAGAGAUGUUGGCAUGGCAACACGACACAGAGUUGGACUUCUGA